GUCGUGAUUAAGUGUACAUUAGUAACGAAAAAUGUCAACAUCCGGCAAUCGUUUGGAGAUCUAACUGUUUUAACCGGAAAGGAGCGAACAUCAUCUAUAAACGUUCAGAUUUUAAAAAGCUGAACAAUGUAUAGAGCAGAAUUUGGCACAAGUGGAGGUACAAACAUUAGAGAGCGAGGGCCAUACAACUCUACACCAUUUUACAACUAUCUCAGCGGAACUGGAAAGUCACAUGUCUACAGAGGUCCUGCAUACUAUGUUCCAUCAGAGAACAGAUGGAUGGCAUUCCACGAAUACAGAUCGUUACCACGUGAAACCAAAAGAGAUGCUAUUUUGUUCGAGUCUGAAGAUGAUUGGGUGACAUAUCAAAGGAAAAGGGAUGCCGAACAUCCACCUUCAGGUAUAUCUAUGUCUGGUGUUCCAACACAAUAUACUGGUGUACCUGUUCCAACUUUACUACCAUCGCAGUCUUCAGCGUGGAGUCGCCGUUGGACAGGAUCAGGUUACUACUUACCUUCCGGAAAUAAAUGGUUCCGUGACCAGGACAGUCCAGGAAUUCCGAGAGAAUCAAGGUUGUUCAUAAACGAAGAGGAUUGGAUAAAAUUUAAAUAUGCAUCAGACAAUCCUAUCAUGCCUAGAUAAUUCAGACGUUUAAACAUUUAAUAAUUUAUUGCAAUUUCGAUAACUGUUAAAAACAGCAUAAUAUGUUGAUAAAAAGACAAAUACCUUUAUAAUAUUUCCACGCAAUGGAAAAUAAAUGUAUUGUAUUUACAUUUAUCCUACUAUUAUCUAAUAAUGCGUGUGGUGCUGUCCUAUAAGAAAUCUAGAACACUAUAUAUACGAAUCUUUGUUUCCAAAUGAGAUUUGACACCAAAGUAACCCUAAUUAAACACACGUUAAUAGAGUGACAUGGUUAUGAAUGCAUCAAGCGACUUUCUUAUGACUUUGAAUAUCUGUUAUAUUACAUUUAAACCAUGUAUUUUCUUGUAGUCUGUCACAUAAAAUGGUGGUAAACCAUCUUUACUGUUUUUGUUUAUUGAAUAAAUUUGUUAUCAGCAUUA